CGGCGAAAUAUCAAUUUAAAAUUUAUACUACACGACAACAAUCAAAACAAAAACGAAUCGUGCAAAUAUGGUUAGCAUGCAAGUAGUACCCCAAGAGAAGCAGUCUUGCUUUCCUAACCCUCUGAACACAGAUUUAAAGAUGCAAAGCGUUGUUGCACCAGGUGCUGACUGGGGAUCGUCUGCUCAUCGUUUUCCAAACUAUGUGGACGGUGAAGCCACGUGGCCCGCUCAGUUACUAGCUGACACACCUGGUCGUUGCACCACAUACGAGAGCUUCCAAACUACAGUUGCCGAGAAUCCUGACCGAUCAUAUCUAGGCGAACGCAAGGUUGUGCACAAUGAUGAUGGUAGCACAAGCGUCGGAGAUUACGAAUUCGUGAAUUUUAAAGAGGCAAGCGAGACUGCUACGCUGAUCGGCUCUGGACUAAAAAGCCUAGGCAUUAGGAAAAACCAGACCGUUGGAUUAUACUCCAAAAAUCGAAUGGAAUGGACGUUGACGGAUCACGCUUUGUCGUCAUACACACUGCCAUCAGUGGCAAUCUACGAUACACUUGGUCCUGAUUCUGUACAUUACGUUAUGGAGCAUAGCGAGAUGGUGGCUGCUUUCUUCGAGAAAAUUCGUCUUGAGUCCGUUCUUACAGCCAUUGGAAAGGGUCUACCAGAUCUCAAGUACGCCAUUUGCUUCGAUGUUGUCACAUCUGAGGACAAGGCUAGAUUCACGAAAGCUGGUGUCGAGCUACUCAACUUGUGCGAACUAAAAAAUAUGGGCGUGGCGAAUGUGUUCCAACACGAUCCUCCCACAGCAUCGGAUGUUGCGGUACUCAUGUACACAUCAGGCACUACAGGAAACCCUAAAGGUGUGCAAAUCACCCACAACAACUUGAUGGCGGAUGUAGUUUCCCUUCAGAAACGUUUGCAUGUAAGUAACCAAGAUGUGCACUUUUCGUUCCUUCCCUUGGCUCACAUCUUUGAACGAGUGAUACAAGCGCUAUGCGUUAGCCGGGGAUGUAGCAUAGGUUUCUAUCAAGGAAAACUACCCGAGCUGAUGCUGGAUAUCCAGACCUUGAAGCCUACUUUCUUCAUUGCCGUGCCUCGUAUUCUUUCACGCAUCUACGACAAGAUCAACCAAGGUGUUAAGGCUGGUGGUCCUGAGAAGGAAGCUGCUUUCAGGGGCGCAUAUGACAUGCGUCUCGCAGAGUUGGAGCGUGGAGAGGACACCCCUAUGCUCAAUGAGAAGGUCUUUGAUCGCAUGGGCUUGGCACUUGGUGGACGUGUCAAAUGGAUCCUCACCGGGUCAGCGCCUUUAGGGACGGCUAUCCACGAGUUUCUACGAGUCUGUGUGUGCCCAGUUAUCAUGGUGGGCUAUGGCUUGACCGAGACAACAGCAGGUGCUACUCUCACCCAUUACAACGAUAUGAAACUCGGUCAUGUGGGAUCACCGAUGGCCUCCAAUGAAGUGAAGCUUGUCAGUAUUCCCGAGAUGAACUACUUGACUACUGAUGAGUGUCCUCGUGGUGAAGUGUGCGUCAGGGGUACCAAUGUGUUUGGUUCGUACUUGAAAAAUCCCGAGAAGACGAAGGAAGAUAUCGAUGAUGAGGGCUGGUUCCACACUGGUGAUGUGGGCCGUUGGAAUGCCGACGGCACCUUGUCCAUCAUUGAUCGCCAGAAGUCUAUAUUCAAGCUGUCCCAGGGCGAGUAUUUGGCCGCUGAGAACCUCGAGGCCAUGUACGGCAAGUGCGACCAUAUUGCGCAGGUGUUUGUAACCGGUGACUCAUUCCACGCAUACCCUGUGGCCGUGGUUGUACCCGAUGCCGAGAUGAUUAUUGCCUGGGCUAAGGAAAACAACAUCUCAGGCGAUGCUAAGAGUAUUGCUCAAACAGCCGAGUUGAAGGCCAUGCUGGCUGCGGAGGUACUUGACAUGCACAAGGAAUGUAAGCUCAAAGGUUUCGAAAAGCUCCGAGACUUCAUCGUAGAGCCUGAGGCUUUCAGUAUUGACAAUGAACUGCUUACACCCACCUUCAAGCUGAAGCGCGUGAACGCAACCAAGAAGUACCAGGAUCAGAUCACUGACUUAUACGAAGACAUCGAGAGCCGUCAAUAGUCGACAAAGGAAUAAUUCACCAGUGCGACUUACAGUAGACAUAACGGAUGUACUUGUGGAUAAGUAUCCCUUUAUAGACGACAACAGAACACGCGACGUAAACUAGAUUAAAACUAAAAUAAAUAUGAUUUG